GCUUCGUUGGAACGAUUGCACCUUUCGCGUCUCGCUGUUCUCCCAAUCUCUUUCUCUCUCUCUCUCUCUGUUUCUAACUACACAGAGAGAGCCCCGAGACAAAACCACCGAGCUCCCUCCAACACAUCUAAAUUCAUUCAUUCUCUCUAUCUCUCUCUAUAUUUACGCAAGGAACGUGUAUAUAUUGCUGUUCGUUCACUGAAUUUGUUCGAAUUCUGAGACCCUUCGAUCCCCAUUCGCCCUUUCCUCAGAUUCACUCAACCCGGAAAAAGGUGGGCGUUGUGUUGCCAAACCGGACUCAAUCUCAGGUGUUACAGUGAACGCUUAUGGGCGGUGGUCGCUUAGGUUUCUGGAAUUGUAGAGGCGAAUUUUGGGUUUUUGGUGAUCGUCCGGCCGGUUAACUUCCUCACGCAGUUUGAAAGGAAAUAUGGCUCUUCGGAAAUAUGUUCCUUCUUGUGAUGGACGUUCUGUGAAUAUGAAACCACUGAGUUUCCCUAAUAUGGGAAAUGAGAAAGCUCAACUUGCAAAUCCAGAGAAAAAUACUUCAGAGACUGAUGUAGAUAUUGACCUGGGAGAGGUUUAUUUUCUGAUUAUGCAUUUCCUAUCAGCUGGGCCUUGUCACAGGACCUAUGGACAGCUGUGGAAUGAGCUUCUUGAACAUCAACUUUUACCUAGACGGUAUCAUGCUUGGUAUUCCAGGAGUGGGGUGCGCAGCGGAGAUGAAAAUGAUGAUGGCCUGUCUUUCCCAUUGAGUUACAAUCAAUUGGCAGAGAGGUAUCCUCAUGUUGAAAAGGGUCAUUUGGUAAACCUUCUGAAGCGACUGAUUCUGAAUUCAGCUAGUCCAUCACGAGGUGUUGUUGGUGGGGGUACUUAUAGUGCAGCUGCGGUUCCUACUCUUUUGGGAACUGGUUCUUUUUCACUUCUAGGACAUGAUCAAGGCAAGAUAAAUAAUGGUAGGACGGCCCUUGCUCACCUCCGUUGGCCUCAUAUGCGAGCUGAUCAGGUUCGUGGGCUACAUUUGAGGGAAAUUGGUGGUGGUUUCACAAGACACCAUCGUGCACCUUCCGUUCGUGCAGCAUGUUAUGCAAUUGCCAAGCCAUCUACUAUGGUGCAGAAGAUGCAAAAUAUUAAAAAGCUUAGAGGACAUGUCAAUGCUGUUUAUUGUGCCAUAUUUGAUCAAUCGGGCAGAUAUGUUAUUACUGGUUCAGAUGACCGCCUUGUGAAAAUCUGGUCAAUGGAAACAGCAUAUUGUUUAGCCAGCUGCCGUGGACAUGAAGGUGAUAUUACUGACCUGGCUGUAAGCUCAAACAACACUUUGGUGGCUUCUGCAUCAAAUGACUGCAUCAUCCGAAUUUGGCGUUUACCUGAUGGACUGCCAAUUUCAGUUCUGCGUGGCCAUACUGGAGCUGUUACUGCUAUUGCAUUUAGUCCUAGACCAGGCUCUGUAUACCAGCUUCUAUCGUCAUCUGAUGAUGGAACAUGUAGGAUUUGGGAUGCCAGAUACUCUCAGUUCAGUCCACGUAUAUAUGUUCCCAGGCCUCUUGAUUCUGUAGCUGGAAAAAACAAUGGUGCAUCUUCAAGUACUAGUCAACAGAGCCAUCAGAUUUUUUGCUGUGCAUUUAAUGCCAACGGAACUGUCUUUGUCACUGGCAGCUCAGAUACUCUUGCUAGGGUCUGGAGUGCUUGUAAAUCAAACGCAGAUGAGUCAGAACCAAAUCAUGAAAUUGAUGUUUUAGCUGGGCAUGAGAAUGAUGUUAAUUAUGUGCAGUUCAGCGGCUGCACUGUUGCAUCUAGGUUUUCUAUUCCUGACACCCCAAAGGAAGACAAUAUUCCAAAAUUUAAAAAUACUUGGUUUAACCAUGAUAAUAUAGUUACCUGUUCUAGGGAUGGCAGUGCAAUCAUCUGGAUUCCAAGGUCACGCAGAUCACAUGGAAAAGUUGGACGAUGGACACGUGCAUAUCAUUUGAAAGUCCCGCCACCACCAAUGCCUCCUCAGCCUCCACGUGGAGGUCCACGCCAAAGGAUUCUUCCAACUCCACGUGGUGUUAAUAUGAUAGUGUGGAGUCUAGACAAUCGCUUUGUACUUGCUGCUAUCAUGGAUUGCAGAAUUUGUGUCUGGAAUGCUGUUGAUGGCAGUUUGGUUCAUUCUUUGACUGGUCAUAGUGACUCUACCUAUGUUCUGGAUGUUCAUCCCUUCAAUCCCCGAAUAGCCAUGAGUGCUGGAUAUGAUGGGAAAACAAUAGUGUGGGAUAUAUGGGAAGGAACCCCUAUUUGCACAUAUGAAGUUGGACGUUUCAAGUUGGUUGAUGGGAAAUUUUCUCCGGAUGGGACAUCAAUUAUACUUUCUGACCACGUUGGUCAAUUGUAUAUAUUAAGCACAGGCCAAGGUGAGUCCCAAAAGGAUGCAAAAUAUGAUCAGUUCUUCCUUGGCGAUUAUCGCCCCAUUAUUCAAGAUAUUCAUGGGAACGUUCUUGACCAGGAAUCACAACUUGUGCCGUAUAGGAGAAAUAUGCAAGAUCUCCUCUGUGAUGCAAGCAUGAUUCCAUAUCCAGAACCUUAUCAGAGCAUGUACCAGAAACGGCGGUUAGGAGCUCUGGGUAUUGAGUGGCGACCAUCAUCUGUAAGAUUUGCUGUUGGACCAGACAUAAAUCUGGACCAAGGUCGCCAAAUACUCCCUCUAGCAGACUUGGAUUUAUUGAUUGACCCACUACCAGAGUUUGUGGAGCCCAUGGAUUGGGAACUAGAAAAUGAUGUGCAAACUGAAGAUACUGAUUCAGAAUAUAACGUCACUGAAGAAUAUUCUUCGGGAGGGGAGCAAGGAAGCUUUAUUUCUAGUUCAUCUGGUGAUCUAGAAUACAGUGCAGAAGACAGCGAGGUUGAGGGAACUAAUAAAGAUGCCCUCCGCAGAUCAAAAAGGAAAAAACCGAAGAUAGAAGUUGAGAUCAUGACCUCUUCUGGGAGGCGUGUUAAGAGGAAAAUUUUGGAUGAGUGCCUAGAUGAGUCACAGAAACAUCAUCAAAGGAGGAAGUCAAGACAUGGACGAAAAGCAUCAAGAAAGAAGGCUUUGUCGUCUAAGUCAAUGAGACCUCAGAGAGCUGCUGCUCGCAAUGCUCUGACUUUGUUUUCCCGAAUUACAGGAAUGUCCAAGGAAGGAGAAGGUGAAGAUGGAUCAGAAGGUGAUUUAUCAGAAAGUGAAUCCACAUUACAGGACAUUGACAUCAGUAGUGAUGAAUUUGACAAAACUUGGGAAAAUAAAAGGCAGGAUCAUUCAAAAGGGAAAGAAGUACUGGUGGAGUCUGAGGAUUUGGACAAAACUGUUGACCACUCUGAAUCUUGUAUUGAUGCUGGAAACAGGAGGAGAUUGGUCUUGAAACUUCCAAUUCGUGAUUUAAAUAAGUCUGUAGCUACAGGUAAAGCACAACUAGAAGAUGACAAGAAACCUGGUCUUUUAGCAUCAUCAUCUAAAUCUCCAAGGGAAGCUAAUGACAUAAAUGAGAAUUACUCUCAGGAUCCAGAUUACUCAUCUGGUGAAAUGAACCACAGAAGAAUUGAAAGAAACGAGAGGGGAAAAAAAUCUGAAGUUAACUGUCAUUCACGUUUGUUUGAAGGAUACAAUCAAAAAAUUAAAUGGGGCGGAUUCAGGGCUCGCACAGCCAAACGAGUGAAAAUGGGGGAACUCUCUGCAUGUGCUGGAUCAGGUUCCAAUGCUAAAAUCAACAGUGUAGGCAAUGGGCAGCUGCUUCUUGAAAAGGAGUGUGGCAAAGUUUGUACUAGUACAGAGUGCCAAUUUUUUGGAAGUCAGACAGAUGAGAUGGUUCCUAUAAACCAGCAACUUGUUGAGAAUGCAAACUCUGGAGAUUUGCACUCUAGCCUCAAUGAACACCAGGAUUAUGAUGGAUUGUCAAGGCAAGACCAUAAGGUUGUUGAUACAAUCUCAUCUCCAGUCCCCUAUACAAAUGCAGUUAUAUGUGCUCCAGAAUUGCAAGAAAACCCAUUGUCAAGUUCAACAUUAUUGAGGAUAAUGUCAGAAAAGAUUUCUAAGGAAGUUGAAAGCCCCGAGGCGAAAAUUAGAUCUGAUGGGAGAAAGGGUGGAAUUAAUGCUUUACCUGAAAGCCCAGAUGCAAAGCACAAUCUAAAUUCUGAAGUCCCUGAUGAUGAUGGAAACGUUGGACCCAGUUCAGAUCAUGGAGACCAGAAAGGCCUAGAGAAAUCAGAAGCUCAGAUUGUUGGAACUUCCAAUUCUGUCUUACAAGAAUCGUGGAAGUCAAAUUCACACGAUAAAAUGUACAAUGUUGUUUAUAGAAGAUCAAAGUUAUCUAAGGAUAGAAGUAAUCCUGAAGGUGACAGUGGAUGUGUGGAAACCACAAAGGUCUCAAGUGUGAGCAAUCAUAAUCUUGACGUUGGAGUUGAAUCCCCUCAAGCCACGAGUAAUGGGGUUCGCCGGACACGGUCCAUGGGAUUGAGGGCAGCCUCUGAUGAUGUAAAUGCUGCCAGCUGUAAUAUCAUAUUGAGGGAAGACCGUGAUGAAUCAAAAGAUGCAUUGGCAGGUAUCCAGAAAUCUUCCACGAGUGCUUGCAAUGAACUUCCCUGUGAACAAUGGAGAUCAGGGAGAUCGGUCUCAGGCGUUGGUGUUGGAUUGAGGUCUACAAGGAAUAGGAGAAGCAGCUACCGUUUUCAUGACUAUAGUCUGCCAGAUCGAAGGAAAUCGCACCAUCCAGCGAAAAACUCAUGGUUGAUGUUGUCAACACACGAGGAGGGCUCCCGAUAUAUUCCCCAAUUGGGGGAUGAAGUUGUAUACUUGAGACAGGGUCAUGAGGAGUACUAUAGUAGCCAUAGUAGUGCAAAAGAUGAACGCCCUUGGAGAAAAAUAAGGGGAAACAUCAGAGCAGUGGAAUUUUGUAUGGUAGCAGCUCUAGAGUAUACAGCACAUUCAGGUUCUGGGGAUGGUUGCUGUAAAAUGAGCCUGAAGUUUGUGGAUUCCUCUUCCAGUGUUGCUGGGAAAUCAUUUACAUUGACUCUGCCUGAACUGACUAGUUUUCCAGACUUCCUCGUUGAAAGAAGUAGGUAUGACGCUGCUAUGCAGAGAAAUUGGACUUUCAGGGAUAAAUGCCAAGUCUGGUGGAAAAAUGAGGGCGAGGAAAAUGGGAGCUGGUGGGAAGGUCGGAUCAUUCAAGUGAAGCCUAAAUCUCUAGAAUUUCCAGACAGUCCUUGGGAGAAGUAUGUCGUUUUGUACAAAAGUGAUCCCGCAGAAAUUCUACAUAGUCCUUGGGAACUUCAUGAUGCUGAGAUUCAAUGGGAGCCACCUCGCAUCAGUGAUGAAAUCAGAGAAAAGUUGCUCUGCUCUUUUGAUGAAUUGGACGAAACAGGGGCUGAAGACGAGGACCCUUGCGGGAUUCGAAGUUUAAAACAAGUGUCCCAGAAGUCAAGUUUUUUGAACAGGUUCCCUGUACCUAUGUCACUUGACGUCAUUCAGUCUAGACUGGAGAACAACUACUAUCGAAGCCUGGAGUCGAUGAGGCAUGAUGUUUCGGUCAUGCUUUCAAAUGCUGAGGCUUAUUUUGGAAGAAAUGGAGAACUUACUUCAAAGAUGAGGCGUCUAGGAGACUGGUUCGGACGGAUGUUCUCAUCUUUGUAGGUUGUUUCCUUGGAUGCAAUUUUGUAGGAAUUUUCAGUCACUUUGAGCUUUAACCAAGCCCUCUUCUGGAUGUUCUUCUUCUUGUACAUAAUUUUCCUCUUCCAUUUGUUGAUUCUUUUUAUCUUUCUUUUCUCCUCUACUAGUAACUAUUUAGGAAUUGUGUUCUUAUGGAAUUCCAAGUAGAGUGGAGAGAGAGAGAGUUUACAGGAGAAUCAGCUUGUUAGUGGAGCAAAAGCUUCCAUAAGGAAAUUGGUGUAUAGAUUUUAGAACAUUAGAUAUAGAAAAUUAGAAUUGUUACUUUUAAAAAAGAAAAAAGAGGAGAAAAUGUUCAAAAUUUGUCUCUAACCUAUUUGGGUCCA